UUCCUCCGCCCUUUGCAGACUCCCCCUCUCGCCUUCUCUCACAGGCUCGCAGCGGCUUUGAUCUUCCCUUAACAACAGUCACGUCAUAGGGGAGUUUUGUCAAGCGGAGCUGCAGAGAGUUUUUAGAGGACUCAGCAGCAUCCACGGAACCCGUGUCCGAACCCAGAUCCAGUUUACUUACUUUGUCACCGCAACACCGAAGACAUGGAGCACCAGCUGUUUUGCUGCGAAGUGGAUACCAUUAGAAGGGCUUACCAAGAUAGCAACCUGUUGAAUGACCGAGUUUUAAAGACAAUGCUCAUAGCUGAGGAGAACUACCUUCCGUCACCCAAUUAUUUCAAGUGUGUUCAGAAGGAAAUUGUGCCUAAAAUGAGGAAAAUCGUCGCGACGUGGAUGCUCGAGGUCUGCGAAGAGCAGAAAUGUGAAGAGGAGGUUUUUCCAUUGGCUAUGAACUACCUGGAUAGAUUUUUAUCGGUGGAGCCCACCAAAAAGACCCGGUUACAGCUGCUAGGAGCCACUUGUAUGUUUUUGGCCUCUAAAAUGAAAGAAACUGUGCCACUAACAGCAGAGAAGCUGUGCAUAUACACGGACAACUCGAUCCGGCCCGGCGAAUUAUUGCAAAUGGAACUGCUGGCACUAAAUAAACUGAAGUGGGAUUUAGCCUCCGUGACACCACACGAUUUCAUUGAACACUUUCUCGCCAAGUUGCCCAUACAUCACAGCAGCAAGCAGAUACUCCGCAAGCACGCCCAGACAUUUGUGGCCCUCUGUGCAACAGAUGUUAACUUCAUCGCAAGCCCUCCGUCCAUGAUCGCGGCAGGCAGCGUGGCGGCAGCGGUGCAGGGGUUGUAUCUGAAGAGCAGCGACAGUUCCCUCUCGUCACAAAACCUCACCCACUUCCUCUCGCAGGUCAUCAGGAGCGACCCCGACUGCUUGCGGUCGUGUCAGGAACAGAUCGAGUCCCUGCUGGAAUCUAGUCUCAGACAAGCUCAGCACAGCAUCUCCACAGAGACCAAACGGGUGGAGGAGGACGUGGACCUCUCUUGCACACCCACAGACGUCAGAGACAUUAACAUCUGAACGGAUCGCUUUCCACGAUGAAUCUCCUCGUCUUCGUUUCUGUUGGGUAUGGGCUUUGGCCGAAAGCUUUAUGGGACAGGAGGGAACCCCCCGCGCCCCACCAUCCGACCAAUACCUCGACCGAUCGCAAUUUGCCCCUCCGCGCGCCCUGACUGUUGACUGCUGGAACGGCAUCCUUGCGUUUCGAUCCCGACCCGGAUCGCCAGCGGAGGGCGGCGAUCGAAUGGAAACCUUCUCCAUUUCGACCCCUCUCUUAUUUUAUGCCUCGAGUCAAAAACGAAAAGACAGAAACAUGGUAUAGGCUAUCUAUCUAGGAUUUUCAAAUUGAAUUAACAACGACGGUAGUUGGCUGUGACCUGCCUUAACUUGUCUCUGCAUGGGAAAAGUGGGCUACUUUUAUUUUAUUUUUUAAAGUGUGUCAAAAGCUAUUUUUGAAAGAGAAGAGAUGUUAUGUGUAUGUUUGAUUUCUUUUUCUCUUAGAUAGUUCGUCGUUACGCUUGCUAAGAGUCCUGCUUUAUCCGCAGUGUAGUUGUUGUAAAUAUAUCCCCGCUUGCUAUGCGUUUAGUCACUUUAUUCUAAUUCCUAGACAGAUUCCCUUACAAGAUUCUCUUCUCUUCCAAAAUGGUUUAUGUAACCUUAGUAUAUUUUUGUAAGCAUGUAUUUUUGUUAUGAUUCGGACGACUGUGGAUCGCCGUGGGCCGAGGAUGUGAUUUAAGGCCAGACGCAAACCAUUUCUUUUUCACUGCCGCUAAUGUAUAAUGUUAUCACUGCCUUGACACAAUAAGCUUAUCUUCUACCUGCUCGCAGCGCAGUCCGCAGUCUGCCUUUUUGUUUAGAUUCAUGUAUUAUCUAAAACCAUUCCAUUUAUAAAAAAAAAAAGAAAAAGCACUUUUAGUCCGCCAUUUGUGGCUGACUUUGACAAAAAACAGAAAAAAGAAAGAAAUCCGCAGUUGUUAAAACAAUAGGAACGGUGUAAUAGACUCGUGUCGUCCGCAGCAUGGAGCAGGUCUCUUUAUCUAUGGUGUUAAUGGUUUGAAAGAGAAAGCGUGAGAGGGGGACAUUGACAGAUAUCUUGCUCUUUACGAUGUAAUUUAAUGGCUACCACGGAUGCAUUAAAGCGGUAAAAUCACUAUUUAUUGUUUUCCGUCCCCCUCGUAAGGCCAGUAUGCGUGGAUGCCCGACUGUACCCGUGUUUGAAGUAUGUGUUACGACUCGCUAGUUGCUAACUUGAUAGAAAAGCACCAUAGUUAAAGUAUUGUUCUGAGCUGAUGUACUCUGGUCUAGACUUUAAAAAACCAACAGUCGUGGCUUCAAGUAGAUUUUGCACAAACCCAGAGAUUCAGUCAGUUUGGAUCUCUGGAAGGAAGGGGAGGAAGAUGAGGAGGGAUGUUAUAGACGGCAGAGGGAGGCAAAAAAAAAAGGGUGAUGGCUGGACAUCAAAGAGUUAAGGCAAAACUGAGAAGAUGUAUGAAACGAAUAAAACAUGAGGAGAUGCUGGGAGAAAACACUCCUCAUAUUUAGCUGCUAUGGAGGGAUUUCCAGCAAGAAUGAAACUUUUUCAAAUGGAAAAAACGACAACAACGAUAACGAUGAAAAAAAAGACAUGCUUCUUUCUCUUGUCUUGUUUUGCUGCUAUUUUUGUUUUAUAUAAAAUGUCAAUACGAUGCCAUGUAAUAGGUUUUAAUUUUCUCAUAGAAAAUUGAUAUUAUUGACAACUUUGGUUCCUUUGGUAGUUUUUUUUUUAUGUGAUCAAUUUUUGUUAAUGUGAUUUCUACGCUAUGCUAUUCCCAAAACAAAAAACACACAAAAAAAGCAGAUGAGAAAAAAUAGACAAAUGUUUCUGUUAUACCCACAAUACCUCAAACUACAGUUGUGAUUUAGCAUUGAUUUAGUCUGGGAUUUUUCAGUAGUGCUAUUUUAUUAUUUUAUUAUAUUUUUUUGGCUACACCACGCCUGUUAGUCCUGUUGUAAAAUGCAAACGAUCAUGUUAAUCGUCAUCCUACUGGGUCCUGAUGCGAGCGAGUAGAAAAGCACAUUGAAUGGAAUUGGUGCCAUAAACGUUGACUCUUGUGAGUUUUUAUCUUCCACAGUUUCAUUAAAGGAGACUAUAUAUACCCACUAAUGCUUAUCUUAAUGAGUUAAUGAAGCUUUUGUUUAAAAGUUUGUGACUGCCAUGUGUCUUUACAAAGCCAUAGUUUAGUCCUGUAGUAAUUUAACACAGUGCAGACAGAAAUGUUAGGCUUGGCAUGUCUGCAUCGAGUCGUCUUAAUGAAUGCGACGCAGCUACAAUCAUUAUUAAUGCUUCCCUUGACCUUUUAUUAUUUUUUUUAUUUUUUUUGCAUGAGCCCUCAACUUUGCAUUCACAUAAAGAUCCACAUCUUCAGUUUUCAGGGUUCUUUACUCGGCUGUUUGUUGGUUUUAUGUAUGUUAGUCUAUAACAUGGUGCUGCUAUAUGUUUGCAUUGAGACUAUAAUGAUUUUCUGAAAGAGUUGUGGCUAUAAGCUAGUUAUGGAGUGAUGGAGGUGAUUCAGGACCCAGGGGAAACAAUUAUAUUAUCCUCUGUAGUAUCAGGAAUCUCUUUUACCUCAAGAAAAAAAUUGAAUGAUGAAAACCAGCACGUAUUGGUGCGAUUCACGCACACACACACACACACCGAGAGAAAUGAUGUGUGUGGGGAUCUUUACUCUUGAAUGUUUAGGGGGAACAGAGAAGCGAUUUCAUCCGCUUAACCCCACAGUAUAUAAAUCUUAUCCUUGUGUCUUAAUUCUGUUGUAAACAAACCCGUAGAGUCUGUUUGUUUGAUAUGGUCUUCAUUCCCACGGAUCAAACCAAAAUGUGCUGUUGAUCCUGAAAUACUAUGUCAUUGUUUGAUUUUUUUUGUUUUUAUUUCACAAAAUGGUCACUGGUUUGAAAUGCACAAUCUUUCCUUGCUGACCCAUCUUAGCCAUGAGGUUAACUAGAAUAAAAUGUCAAAA